AUGCCGGGUGCUGGUGUCGAAUUCUUGCAGCCCUCGGCUGAGGGUCUCUUUCCAACUGCGACCUUUGGCCUCGACCCAUGGCUUGUCUGUGCUGCGACCGGCAUUGUCUGGCUUCUGUGCGAGCUCCUUUUCUACAUUUGGUACCGGCGCGCCUUGCAGGAGGCCCAAGCAAUAAAGCCACCGCCCGUGGUCUCGGAGAAGGACCGAAACUUUGUCGUAGACAAGAUGGUUGCCCAUGCCGAAGAGUACGGCAUGUGGCGUCAAGUGCAGGGCUGGUUUCUGACGGAGGACCGAGACAGGCUCCUGAGCCCCCACGAGGUGGGGCGGGAUGAGCUUUCUGAAAUGAUUGCGUGGGCCUUCUUCUACAAGAAGCUUGAGGACUUGAAUGCUGACGAGGUCGCUUGGACCGAGUUUACGCACGAGAAAAUCAGUUCCGAGUUUCGCAUGGAUGAGAGCUUGCGGCCAGGCAGAACUGGGGCCGUGCCAAUCAGGCACACGCUCGACGAGAUCCAUGCCCUUCACCGGCCGCUGUUGUUUUACGCAGUCAUUCGUUCCCUGGACUUCUUGCACGGCUGCCUGCUGAUGGCCAGGGGCUUCCAGCGCGCCCACCACCAGGGGCUCAGGUAUUGGUACCGCCUGCGGAGCGGUUUCAAAGGAAUUCAUUGCUUGGAAUCUCCAGAGCAGCCACUGAUCUUCUUCCACGGAAUCGGCCUUGGCCUGACUCUCUACAUGCCGCUUUUGCUGCGAUUGGGCUCGCCGGACCAGUUCCUCUUUGAGCUGCCAUGGAUUUCCAUGAACCCGUUUGCAGCAAUCCCGUCGUCCGGUGACUACGCGCGCUGGGUGGUGGAGGUGCUGGAGCAGCAUAGCCUCACGUCAUGCGUUGCGCUUGGGCACUCCUUUGGGUCGCUGCCUGUUGCAUGGCUGCUCCGGUACAAGCCGGCGAUCCUCUCCAGAUGUGUGAUGGUCGAUCCAGUCUGCAUCUUGCUGAAUCUGCCGGAUGUCUGCGUGAACUUCCUGUACAAGCGACCAAGAUCCCUGAUGGGCGCCUUGCUGCGCGUCUUCGGCGCGCGCGAGUUUGGCAUCGCCCGAACCCUCAUGCGGCAUUUCUUCUGGACAGACAGCGUGGUUUUCCCCGAGAUGCUGCCUGAGGGCUCAUCCGUGAUUCUCAUGGGCAAGGACAAGCUAUUGCCUGUGAAGGACAUCUACACUACAGCUGCAAAGCUUCCUCAGCUGAAAACCCUUGUGUUAGAUGGCCUGGAUCAUGGCCACUUCCUCGUCUGGCCGAGGGAGGAUCCCACGCGUUCGCACCCUGCCCUCUUCGUGGCCGGGCUCGCCGCGCAUCGGAAGCUGCUGGACCAGAAGCCCGCUGCCAUCAACUUCCAGACCACAGCCGGCUUCUCCGUUGGUGCAAUAACUGCACUCGCAGCUGCAGGUGUGCUUUCUUUCAGUGACGGCCUUUCUUUGGUGCUGGAGCGGGCCAAGGCCAUCCAGGAGGCGGCGAAGCUGCAGGUCCAGGCACUGCGGGUUGAGUUGAGCAUCGGUGAGGACACUGCGUUGCGCAAUGCAUUGCGCACAUGGCCCAUUUGGUUGAUCUCCUGGCCAGGCUCGAAGUAG